GGUCUACAGCGCUGGGACUUCUGGCUCUCCACCGUUCCCCGGCCACUCGCGCCAACCAUGGAUCUCUCUGUCCUCUUCGAGAGCCUGCCGUCGCUGAGCCCCGCCGACCUGCUUUCAUUAGACCACGGAGGAACGGAGUCUCCGGGACUCUGGAGCCUAACUUCAUCCGAUUCCAACCUGUCUGGGGUGGUGGGUUCUCACCUGCCUGGCCGGUCCACCAGCCUGGUAGAGGGCCGAAGCUGUAAUUGGGUGCCCCCACCCCCUGGCUUUGCACCCCUGGCUCCUCGCCCGGGCCCUGAAUUGUCACCCUCACCCACAUCACCUACUGCGACUCUGACCACCUCAUCCCGCUACAAGACUGAGCUCUGCCGGACCUUCUCAGAGAGCGGGCGCUGUCGCUAUGGGGCCAAAUGCCAGUUCGCCCAUGGUCUGGGUGAGCUGCGUCAGGCCAAUCGCCACCCCAAGUACAAGACAGAACUGUGCCACAAGUUCUACUUCCAGGGCCGCUGCCCUUACGGCUCCCGAUGUCACUUCAUCCACCAUCCCGAGGAGGACCUGGCCGCCCCAGGCCAGCCGCACAUGCUACGCCAGAGCCUCAGCUACUCCGGCCUGCCCAUGGGCCGCCGAGGCUCGCCACCCCCGGGCCUGGUGGACCCUUCCUUGUCCUCCUGUUCCUUCUCGCCCUCCAGCUCCCCGCCACCCUCCGGGGACCUGCCACUUUCACCCUCUGCCUUCUCUGCUGCUCCGGGGACCCCUGUAACUCGAAAGGACCCCGCCCCUUCCUGCUGCCCCUCUUGCCGAAGGACCACUUCUGGCAGUAUCUGGGGGCCCGUGGGGGGCCUGGCCCGGAGCCCCUCUGCACACUCCCUGGGGUCUGACCCAGAUGAGUAUGCCAGCAGUGGGAGCAGCCUGGGGGGAUCCGACUCUCCCGUCUUUGAGGCUGGGGUCUUUGGGCCACCCCAGCCUCCAACAGCCCCCAGGAGACUCCCAAUCUUCAAUCGCAUCUCUGUUUCAGAGUGACAAGUGCCUUCUAGUUAAUUGAGCUGGAAAUCAAGGAGGAAGACACUUGUGGGGACCUGGGGGGGGAGCGGGGAAAGUGGGGGAACACCUCAAAUCGAGAGGUCCUCCAUCCACAUUCCAAAAAUGCAUUAACCUGCACCCCCGAAUGAUGCCACCUCUGGGGCAGGUCCCCAGUGCCCGAGCACAGUGUUUUCUGCUGUUAAGGACAACAGUGUUUUCUGGGGUAACUAAAGAUGUAGCAGAUUUGAAGGAGGCAGUGAGCCCUCCUCCCCUCCCACCCCAACUCUGGUCUCUUGGGAUUUUAUGUGCUGUGAAGCUGGCCCUCACCACCCCUCUCCCAUUCUUCCCCAAGGUGUCCCCUGGGGACAGUCCUGGUGCUCAAAAUGUCCCUCAAGCGCCUAGCCAAAGCCAUUGCCAAAUUAUUCCUCCCAUACUAACUAGUGGGCUCCCCCUCCUUUUUGUUUAUUUAUGACGACUCUUAUUUAUUCUAAUAAGAUUUUAUAGUAUUUAUAUAUAUUGGGUCGUCCGAUUCCCUUAUAUUCUUUUUCUAAUAUUGGAAACAAUGAUAUUAUUGUGACAGUGCUAUAAUAUAUAAAGUAAUAUAUAUAUAUUG